AUGGUGAGAGGCAGGCCUAGACCAUCGCGGUUCACUCGCACGUCCCCCUCCUGUGCGAGUGGGACCACCCGAAUGUGCCGCAACCGAAGACCCCUCCAAGCGCGACGAGUAAUGCAAGUGUAUUCCAACCUCACCUGUUCCUAUCCAAUCCCCACAAUCAUGCCGGCCCUCUCGGUUCUCCCCGCUGACAUUCUCUUGCACGUCAUCUCCUUUCUCGAUCACAGCGGAGAUGUCUACUCCUUUUCUCUCCUCAGUCCAUCGCUGUUCACGCUCAUCCACAGCAAUGACCUCGUAAAUAAAACCAGAUAUCGCUGUGUCCGCAUCAACUGCACCCCGGACCUGAAAAACGCCUAUACCAUCCUCCUUGACAUCCUGCAUGACUGUAACCUCGCCAAUAUGAUCGCCCUGUUGACGCAGGCGACAUGCAGCGUCUCCGUGCGGCCGCCACCAGGGCCGGCUUUAUCGGUCCGGAACAGGAGAGACUACUCAACAUGGCCAUGCAGGAGACAGACUACACUAAGGAUUGGCAGUAUCUCACAUACUACAAGUGCGUUCUCUAUUACCGUUAUUGAAAUCACCACCGUAUCUAACCCAGCCAGUACCCAAGAGGAUGCUUACCACGGCAAAUCCACCUUCAUCGGCCAAGCCUUGACGGUCCUCCUCAUAGCAUCCUCUCCCAAUUUGACGUCUCUUGCUAUCUCCCCUCCCUUUUGGGAGUACACAUCUUCCCGAUUUAAUGACCCUUCCGAUAACCACCAUUUCGCAGCCAAGAUCGAGAAGUACCCACUAGCCAAGUUCCUCAAACAUGCCAACUCAAGUCAUCUCAUCGAAAAGGGCGAAAGAAAGAUCCCCUACUUGGCUAAUGUUAAGCACUUCCAGAUUCUAACAACAGAAGCCUCCAGCUUUCAUAUUGCGCGGUCCCGUGCUUGCACUCCCCAGGACCUCUGUCUGUGUAUUGAGCUGGUGCGUACCCUUCCCAGUAUCGAAUCGCUGCGGAUGCAGGCUAUUCAGGGGUUUGGGAACGCCUCUAGUGCUGCGUUGGACGGUUUGCUUCCGCCUUCGUCGACAAAUAUUUCGCGAUUGGAUCUGAGGGGGUGCGAUUUCAAGUCGGAUCUGUUGUGCAAGGUUAUCUGUUCGAUGAAAUGCUUGAAAGAGUUGAGGUACUCAGUUGUACAGGGGGGCUGCUAUGCGGGCUUUGCAGAGUUCUUUGAUCGGUACAGUUUGAUAGAGGCUAUCCUGAGACAUAGGGCCACGUUGGAAGUGCUCGAUUUGGAAUUUGACGAUCAGCUGUCUCAAUUUGUUGCUGUGGAGCGUGAAAGCGGGGUGCAGGAUGAUGCUGAGGACAAAAGUGUGUUGAAGGAGUUUAUAUCGCUGAGGAGCUUGAGUCUGGGAGUAAGUUGUCUGUGGUUUCUUGCUACUGGAAUGGGUGAGUUGGGAAAUAUCGUCCUGAUGGAUCAUUUGCCGUUGCAAUUGGAGUACCUCCGUAUCAGAGGAUACGAAAAGGGACAUACGAAAACACUGGACAACAUGUUAGCUGGGAUGGAGAGCGCGAGGGAGGGACACCCUGCUCUGUGCACAGUCCAAGGUGUCAACGAGUAUAUCCCUGUAGGAAAGUGA